AUGAGCGUCCCAAGCCCUUACGCCAAAGAGCUGCAAUUGGCCAGCCUCGCCGUCCAAAGAGCAGCCCUCCUCACCGAACAACUCCUCUCAGCCGUGGACAAAGGAGCCCUCGACAAGAGCGAUGACUCCCCAGUAACAAUCGCCGACUUCGCCGCCCAAGCCUCCAUAAUCGCAGCAAUCCACAACGUCUUCCCCAACGACGACAUCGUCGGCGAAGAGGAUGCCACCGCCCUCCGCGCGGACCCAGUCCUUCUAGAGCGAACCUGGCAGCUCGCAACCUCCAUUCACCUCGACGACGCCGCCAGCGAGGCCCAGCUGCACACACCCGCAACUCGCGAAGAACUCCUGGACCUCAUUGAUCUCGGCGCCAAAGGCGCCUGCACCCCGACAUCCCGCACGUGGACCCUCGACCCGGUCGACGGCACGGCCACCUUCAUCCGAGGCGAGCAGUACGCCGUUUGUCUCUCGCUUGUGGAAAACGGGGUACAGAAAGUGGGUGUGCUGGGGUGUCCGAAUCUGAGAGCCUCCGGCCGCGUUUCGGAGGAAUUGGUCGAUCGGGACGGACACGGACAGAUGCUUGCUGCUGUUGCGGGGCAGGGGGCGACGAUUCGGCCCUUGGGCACGGGGGCGCUGCUCCCUUCCCGUGUGCUGGACACGGUUCCGCAGAUUACGGAGACUGCGCGGGUGAGCUUUAUUGAUACGCGGGCGGCGAAGACGCAGGAUCUCGAGGCGCAUGGCCGGGUGGCGGCGGGCUUGGGGUGUGCGUGGCCCAAUCCGGUGGAUUUGUGGUCUGCGCAGAUGCGGUAUGUAGCGAUUGCAGUGCAGGGUGGCUGCAAUGCUUUUGUGAAACUGCCUUUGUCGCAGGACUAUCGAUCGAAGAUCUGGGAUCAUGCUGGUGGGAUGCUCAUUGUGCAGGAGCUUGGUGUUCUUGUCACGGAUCUGGAGGGGAGACCGGUGGAUUGUUCACAGGGUCGCACGUUGGCGAGCUGCCAUGGCAUGGUUGUUGGGCCAGCUUCGGUGCAUGGGAAGAUUCUCGAGGCUGUGAGAAAAGCGCGCGGUUUGUAG